GAGCGACGACACAUCCAUCUCAUCUCUUGCCACCUAACUCACAUCACAACAACCCCCACAUCUAGCACAAUGCCUCGCUCUUCUGGCCGCUCCUCCGCCCGCCCCUCGGCGCGCCCCGCCCCCGCCGCCGCCCCCAGCGGCUCGCGCCAGGCCUCGACCGCCGCGUACCCCGCCCAGCACCAGGCUCCCCCCGCCGCCGCGUACCCCGCCCAGCAGAAGCAGCCCGGCCUCAUGGCCCAGGCCGCGUCGACCAUGGGCGGCGCCGUCGCCGGCUCGGUCAUCGGCCACGGCAUCAGCAACAUGCUCUUCGGCUCGUCGCGGCCCGCCGAGCAGGCUCCCCCUCCCGCCGAGUACGCCCAGCAGCAGCAGCAGCAGCAGCAGGCUGCCGGCGCUUCGUGCGACAUCCAGGCCAAGGACUUCACCAAGUGCCUUGAGGCCACCAACGGCGACAUGAACUCGUGCUCGUACUACCUCGAGGCCCUCAAGGCCUGCCAGGCCGCCGCUCGCCCCUACUAGACGCUAAUGCCGCGGAGAGGGGAGUUGCAAAAUGUGUUCAUUCAUAGUCAUUGCCGAGAUGUCAGCAGUAUCGCAUCGAGA